AUGAUUGAAAACUGUGAUUUAUCAGACAUUCCACUGGCUUGUGAUAGCCAUUCUGAUGUUGAUUUUGAUUCGACUAAUGAAUUCCCAUCUGCUAGUAAAAAAGAUGAAGGAAAUAUUUCCAAUAAUUCAGGUAAUAAGGAGUUGCUUGAAACAAAGUCAGCAGAAUGUUCUGAUAAUCCCAAUUUAGAAGGUUGUGGAAGAAUAAGAACACAAGAAGAAAUAAUGUUAAGAGAAUUUGAUUUGUUGGAUGAAGUUGGCCCAUUUGAUGAUAGAGACGAUGACGGAUGUGACAGUCAGAAUACAUUUUGUGACUAUAAUGAUGAACAGGAUGAGGAUGAAGAUGAAGAUGAUGAAGUUGAUGAUGAUGAUGACGAUGAUGGAGAUGAUUUAUCAGAAGAUGAAAUAGAUGCUAUGCUGGAAGAAAGAAUAACAAACUUACGAUCAGAAAAAAAAAAACCAAAACUUGAUAUUGAUAAUUCUGAAAAUCAAGAAGAAAAAAACGAUGAUAAAAACAAAUGUACAGAAAAUGAAGAAGAAGAAGAAAAAGAAUAUACUGAAAAAGAAAAACUUGUGAUGGUGGAAAAAGUAAAAAAUCAUUUUGAGGUUUUACCAGAUGGAUGGGUUACAUUAACACAUAAUAGUGGUAUGCCUUUGUAUCUUCAUAGAACGACAAGGGUUUGCACAUUGUCUAAACCUUACUGUUUAGGACCUGGAAGUGCACGAAAACAUGCUUUGCCUUUAAGUGCAGUACCCUGUUUAGAAUACAAAAGAGCUAAAGAAGAAGAGAAAAAACGAAAUGAUGAAGCAAACAAAUCAUCAGUCCUAGUGGUAAAUGGUACUGAAAUUCCAAAUGCUAGGGUAGAAACUGCACAAGAAAAUGAAACGAGUAGACAAUUAACUCCUGAACAAUUGACUGAAUAUUGUAAAAGUCUUUUCGAAUUUGAAACUAUACAAGUAUUAAGAUUUAAAUCAUGGCUUGCAAGAAGAAAAUUUAAAAAACGAAAAAAUGAUAAAAUUCAACAAAGACCCACGCUACCAAAAAAUACAAAAUUGAUUACAUGUCCCAUCAGACAAUCAAGCUCUGGCAAAUCAGCCAACACUCGAGAAUGGAUAAUGAAUCCAAACGGAAAAUCCUACGUUUGCAUUCUUCACGAAUACGUACAAAGAGCUCUCAAAGACCAACCUGUAUACACCUUUAAAGAAUUAGAAAACACAGCAACACCAUAUUUAGCUGUUGUAAGUAUUGGAAACAUACAAUAUGGCACAGGGGUUGGAAGUAGUAAAAAGCAAGCAAAGCAUGAUGCAGCCAAAGCAACAUUAGAAAUAUUAAUACCUGAAAUGAAAGAUAAAAUAGAUCAAGAUGAAAAACUUCGUGGACACGCUGGUUAUAAUCGUGGAAACACUGAUCUUUCGUUUUUUGAUGGUAUUAAAAUAGAAGAUCCUAGGGUGACGGAAUUUUGUGCUAAAACAACAGAACCACUACCGCACGAAAUAUUAUUAACUUGCUUGCAAAGGAAUUUCGGUCUUAGCCAAAUGAACAUUAAAUAUGAAACUACUCCGAUAAAACAUUGUAAAAAUGAAUUCACCAUGACUGUGGGUAAUCAUACUGCCAAAGUAAUUUGUCGGAAUAAAAGAGAUGGUAAACAGAAAGCAUCUCAAGCCAUACUUCAGGCUUUACAUCCUCAAAUCCCUUCUUGGGGAUCACUUUUACGUCUUUACGGUAACACAUCCGUGAAAACGGUUAAAGAGAAAAAAAUUGAAGAGCAAGAAAUCACAUUGUUGCAAAGUAGAGGAAAUUCACACAGUCCGAAUUAUGCCAUAUUAAAUAAACUUAGAGAAGAAAUGAAAAAAUUUAAAGCAAUGAAGAGUGCCAUCAGACCCAUUGGAAAAUUUAUUCCUCCUGAUGAUGUUGAAUUACCAGCGGAAUCAGGAACGGAUUUAAGUAACGUUCUUAUGUAG